UGUGUGAAUGAUGUGUGUACAAAAAGACACCGAAGCAGAAUCGACUGAAGGAGAAUCGAUUCUCUGUGUCUCAGUGAGUCGACUCGCAGCGCUAGCAGAAAGUGAUCGGAUGUGAGGGGACGCGCGUGGAGAUUUCCGCGCUGUCAUGACAACCGUCGCGCAGUGUUACUUACACAACAGCACGGGAUGACGUGUAAAACAAUUCAUGAUAGUGUCCGUGUUUGCGUGCAGUUCAGUUUCCUAUCUCAGUCGAAAGCUUGUGCACUUUGAAGGAUGGACCGCAAAGUCAGCAUCAGACGCGCCACGUCGGCCGGUUACCGCUUACCGGAGCGCCCCAGCGUCCCUCUGGCCUCUCAGUCCACGGUGUCCGUGAGGAAACCACAGCAGAGCGCGCCGAGGAACACGAGCGAGACACCGGCGUGGCGAGACCCGGACAGCCUGGACCCGGUGAAGCAGGACCGGGUGUGGAGAGAGCUGGUGCGCGCGGAGAGAGACAAGGUUAAAGAAUGGGAAAAGAACUGGAGUUUUCUGAAAGACUUUGAUCAGCUGGGUCGUCCCAGGACAGAGGAGCCGCUCCCCAGCUCUGUCUCUCUGUUCUCUGACACACUGCCCAACACCAGCAACCAGACAUUCGGCAGUCGCGUGUGCACUGAACUUGGUAAAGAGCUGAUGCGAAUGGACAAGCUGCUAAUGCUAACGGCGUCGCACCAAAAGACCAAAGCGAGUCCUGAAAUGCAGCCCUGCUGACGCCAGGUCACCGUCCAACCCCGAGGUCUGAGCAGCACAGAGACACACGUGUUUGUAGUUUUUACAAUUUAUCAACAUUAUCACCUCGUCCUCUUCUACACUAGCAGAACCUCGUCCUCUUCUACUCUAGCAGCACCUCGUCCUCUUCUACUCUAACAGAACCUCGUCCUCUUCUACGCUAACAGAACCUCGUCCUCUUCUACGCUAGCAGAACCUCGUCCUCUUCUACACUAACAGAACCUCGUCCUCUUCUACGCUAGCAGAACCUCGUCCUCUUCUACACUAACAGAACCUCAUCCUCUUCUACACUAGCAGAACCUCGUCCUCUUCUAUACUAGCAGCACCUCGUCCUCUUCUACACUAACAGAACCUCGUCCUCUUCUAUGCUAACAGAACCUCGUCCUCUUCUACGCUAGCAGAACCUCGUCCUCUUCUACGCUAGCAGAACCUCGUCCUCUUCUACACUAACAGAACCUCGUCCUCUUCUACACUAGCAGAACCUCGCCCUCUUCUACACUAGCAGAACCUCGUCCUCUUCUACACUAGCAGAACCUCCUCUUCUACACUAGCAGAACCUCGUCCUCUUCUACACUAGCAGAACCUCCUCUUCUACACUAGCAGAACCUCGUCCUCUUCUACACUAGCAGAACCUCGUCCUCUUCUACACUAGCAGAACCUCGUCCUCUUCUACACUAGCAGCACCUCGUCCUCUUCUACACUAGCAGAACCUCGUCCUCUUCUACACUAGCAGAACCUCGUCCUCUUCUACACUAGCAGCACCUCGUCCUCUUCUACACUAGCAGCACCUCGUCCUCUUCUACACUAGCAGAACCUCGCCCUCUUCUACACUAGCAGAACCUCGUCCUCUUCUACACUAGCAGAACCUCGUCCUCUUCUACACUAGCAGAACCUCGUCCUCUUCUACACUAGCAGAACCUCAUCCUCUUCUACACUAGCAGAACCUCGUCCUCUUCUACACUAGCAGAACCUCGUCCUCUUCUACACUAGCAGAACCUCGUCCUCUUCUACACUAGCAGAACCCUGAUAGCUCUUUAUAAAGCUAAGCAAUAAUAGGCCCUUCACGUACGCUUGAGAUUAGUUUACUAAUAUUUAUACAGAUUAUUUAUGAAUAGAAAGUAGCUAUGUCGUAAUCACGUCUUGCAGAUGUAGCGAACCUGCUGCUGUGGUUAUGUUCAGUAGGAAAGCAGCAGGACUCCACGGUUACAGCUGGAAUUAUUAGUAUAAUGUAAAUGUAGCUGCAUGUAAAUGUUACAGAAAUAUAUUUCUCAUAAAUAAGUUGAUCAAGUCAAGAAGCUAAAGCUAACGUGACAGACACCUGAAGCAGAUUUAGCUUUGUUUACAAAAUAAAUCCUUUACACGAUUAAGCCGAAUUUUAGUGUUAAAAUGAGUGUAUAAAAAGUUCAUAAAAUAUAUAAGGGAAGCAUUUACCAAAACAUUUCCUGUUUCUUAAAAAUGUGCCAGAAUUGUGGCCAUUCUGUAUAGCCUGUGUUUUAGCUCCUCAGGUCAACAGGCUUUUCCCUCUUUAGUACCCUUUAGUACACCGAAAACACACCAACGGUGGAGCAGGAGCUAAAGUCGUCCUUGUGAGUAGAAUUCCUGCAAUGGAAAUGCACAGAAAAAUCCUGACAUGACCUGACAUGAUGAUCAGCGAUGCAUGUAGAUACCACGUGCUUCUGUCUUUCUGUAAUAUCACAUUUAUAUAAGUAUGAACAAUAUAGAAGUUCUUUUAUUGGAUUUACUUCAGUGUGUACAAGAGAAAACUCACACAGAGACAAAACAGGGUUAUUAAUUUUGUAUUGUGUGACUUUUCCCCCUGCUUUCUCACCGUCACUGUUAACAGGUUAAACCUUGUUUUUUAUUUUGUUCCUCCGAAUGCUGUCGAGUGUGUGGGAGUUUCUUAUCAGCAGCUUUCAGAUAGAAGGAGAACGUGGGUGACGGAGGUGGGAUCACACGGAGCGUCUGGCGUGUUCACGUCUUAACGUCUUCCAGUAAAAUGCUUCUGAUGCCUCCUCUGAUUUUGCCUUGACUCAUCGCCCACUGACUCACAUCUCUGUGGAAAACAGGUGCACUGAGGAUUAAAACCCACUCAGACCUGCUUUUGUUUUAAUUCUGUACGACAAUCAUCAAAGACGUAAAGCCGUUUCUGUUAAAUUAGGAUGGAGGUGAUUUCUAAUUCUCUGCCAAAUCUCAAUAAAGAAUCUGACGAAA